GAGUGAAAAGCUUAAUCCUAUACACUACCAGUAAGGGUUCAUAUUUAUUUCAAAACCCAUCGAAUGAGGGUGGAAAUUGAAAAAGCUUAGCCGACAUAAGAUAUGAAGCAAAAGGAGUCGAAGAAAACGCAACGGAACCACACCGAACCAAAAAGGAUUCAGAGGACAAAGAAGACGACAAAUACUCAGAGCGAAAGCAAAAGGAAGAGACUCAACCCCAUUCUAUUUCGAAACCGUCACCAUCCUUCACUCUCAAUUCUCCUUCUCCCCCUCCUUCCUUUCGAACCCGCAAGUCCCCUUCUCCACCGCUCCACUCUCUCUCCGACUCCCCCAUCUCCGAUGGCCAUUCCUCGCCGCCGCCGCAAAAGCUACCGCCCGAUUCCUCACCGGGUUCAUCGAUUUCCGACGGUCACUGCUCAAUCGUCGACCAGCGGUUCUCCCCGGCGACGUCACCUGUGGUGAUGGCUCACCGGUUCCAGGUGGAGCCUGCGGUGGUCACCAAGGUAGAUCCCGGAGCCGAAGACGGUUUCGUGGGCGUGAAAGACGUCGAACUAGCAACCGGCACUGCCGGUAACCGGCGAUUGAGACCGGAUAUAUCAGGUUUGUUGAGGUCGAAAAAGAUUGCCACGUGGAGUAAGCUUUUGCUGGGUUUUAGAAUCACCGCUUUUGUGUUUUGCUUGGUAUCUUUCUCGGUGUUGGCUGCUGAUAAGAAACAGGGUUGGGCUCUCGACUCUUUCUAUUUCUACAAGGAAUUCAGGUAUAGUUUGUCAGUAAAUGUGAUCGGAUUUGCGUAUUCUGGGUUACAGAUGUGUGAUCUCGUGGUGUACUUAAACAGUGGAAAGCACAUAGUGGAGCACCAGCUAAGGGGUUAUUUAACUUUUGCAGUGGAUCAGAUAUUGACAUACCUUCUUAUGUCAGCAUCAUCAUCGGCUGCCACUAGAGCCUAUGACUGGGAGUCCAAUUGGGGUGAGGACAAGUUCCCCUACAUGGCAAAUGCAUCUGUGGCUUUGUCCUUGGUAGCUUUUGUGGCCUUUGCCUUGGCCUCUCUUGUCUCAGGUUCUAUCAUUGUAAGGUUCAGAUAAUUUAUACAAAUACACGAAUGAAGUGUGCAAACUCUCCAUGCUUAAGACUUAAAUUUUAUCCUUUCUGGACUGGAAAGUGCCUAUAUUUUCAGAAAGCUGAUCCACUUUGUACAGAAUGGGAAACAUUCACUUCAUGUAUAGGUACCACAGAUGGAUUUUCAAAUUCCCUGAA